AUGUCUUUGUUCAAAAACUACGGUGGAGUCUCUGCUUCUGCCGCUGAAGACGAAGAAGAAGUCUUUAUCCCACGCCGUCAUAAGCGCACCUUCACAGGCUUUACCCCCCGUGAACUUAAAGCCAUUGACUCCACUAUCCCCAUUGGCUGCCGUAACACGUGGAAAAAGUUUGCUGUUGGUGAAUUUAGCACCAAGGAUCAGUUCCAAGCAGAGUUUGUCCGUCAUGUCGAAACAACGCUGGCCCGUUCUCUCUACAAUUGCGACGAGCUCGCUGCCUACCAAGCUGCCUCACAAGCCAUUCGUGACCGUCUGAUUGUCGCGUGGAAUAAAACCCAGCAAAAACACACUUUGGUUGAUCCCAAGCGUAUUUACUAUCUUUCCCUUGAAUUUCUCAUGGGCAGAGCCAUGGACAAUGCCAUGCUCAACCUCGAAGUCAAGAAGGUAACUGGUGACGGUGUUUCUGACUUUGGCUUCCGUCUCGAAGAUCUCAUUGAGCAGGAAAAGGAUGCUGCUCUUGGUAAUGGUGGUCUCGGCCGUCUUGCUGCAUGCUUUAUCGAUUCGCUUUCUACUCUCAACUACCCUGGUUGGGGUUAUGGUCUUCGCUAUCAAUACGGUAUUUUCAAGCAAAAGAUUGUCGAUGGCUACCAGGUCGAACAGCCCGACUACUGGCUCACUUUUAACAAUCCUUGGGAAAUCCCUCGUUCUGAAAUUGCCAUUGACGUCAUGUUUUAUGGUUAUGUCCGUAAGACAACUGAUGAUGAUGGCACCCAAAAGAAGGUUUGGGAGGGUGGCCAGAUUGUUCAGGCUGUCGCUUACGAUUUCCCUGUUCCUGGCUAUGGCACUGAAAAUGUCAAUAACCUUCGUCUCUGGUCCUCCAAGCCCAACCGUGCUUUUGACUUUGCAAAGUUCAACGAGGGUGCCUAUAACCAAGCCCUUCGUGAUCAACAAGAGGCUGAAACCAUUUCCGCCGUCCUCUACCCUAACGAUAACUUCUACUCGGGUAAGGAGCUCCGUCUUAAGCAGCAAUACUUUUGGGUUGCCGCUUCGCUCUCCGACAUUGUCAGACGCUUUAAGAAGACCCACCGUCCUUGGAAUGAGUUUUCCGACCAAAUUGCCAUUCAGCUCAAUGACACUCACCCUACUCUCGCCAUUCCUGAGCUCCAGCGCAUCCUCGUUGACCGUGAAGGUCUUCCUUGGGAUGAGGCUUGGGACAUUGUCAAGAAGACUUUUGGCUACACUAACCACACUGUUUUGCCCGAAGCUCUUGAAAAGUGGCCUGUCAAUUUGAUUGGCAACCUCCUCCCCCGUCACUUGGAAAUUAUUUACGAUAUUAAUCUCAAGUUCCUCCAGGAGGUUGGCCGCAAGUUCCCUGGCGAUAGUGACCUUGUCCGUGACGUUUCCCUUGUUGAGGAGGGCGGUAACCGCCAAGUCCGCAUGGCCUACUUGGCCAUUGUUGGUUCCCACAAGGUUAACGGUGUUGCUGAGCUUCACUCUGAGCUUAUCCGCACCACCAUCUUCAAGGACUUUGUCAAGAUUUACGGCCCUGACAAGUUUACCAAUGUCACCAAUGGUGUUACCCCCCGCCGCUGGCUGCACCAGGCCAACCCUGAGCUCUCUGCUCUCAUUGCUGAGAAGCUUGGUGGUUACAAGUACCUCAACAACUUGGGCCAGCUCAAGGAACUCCUCAAGUACAAGGACGAUCCAGUCUUCCAAGAAAAGUGGACUGCCACUAAACGCGCUAACAAGGCUAAACUUGCUGCUUUGGUCAAGUCCCAAACUGGUGUCAUUCUUAACCUUGAUGCUCUGUUUGAUAUCCAAGUCAAGCGUAUCCACGAGUACAAGCGUCAGCAGAUGAACAUCUUUCAGGUCAUUCACAGAUAUCUUAGACUUAAGUUGAUGACCCCUGAGGAGUUGGAAAAGAUUCCUCCUCGUGUUAGCAUCUUUGGCGGCAAGUCUGCUCCUGGUUACUACAUGGCCAAGAAUAUUAUCAAGCUCAUUAACUCUGUUGGUAAUGUUGUCAACAAUGAUGAGAGCAUCAAGGAUAAGCUUAAGGUUAUCUUUAUCGAGGAUUACAAUGUUUCCAAGGCUGAGAUUAUUAUCCCUGCCUCUGACAUUUCCGAGCACAUUUCGACUGCCGGCACAGAAGCUUCUGGUACUUCCAACAUGAAGUUUGUUCUGAACGGUGGUUUGAUUAUUGGUACUGUUGACGGUGCCAAUAUCGAAAUCACUCGCGAGAUUUCUGAAGAUAACAUCUUUUUGUUUGGUCACUUGGCCGAGAAGGUGGAGGAUCUUCGUACCGCUCACCGCACUGGCUCUUCCGCCCUCGACCCGCAGCUUGCCAAGGUCUUUAAGGCCAUUGAGGACGGUCUUUUCGGCGAUGCUACCAUUUACAAUGACUUGAUCAACUCCAUUGCUGGCUACGGAAGCGACCACUACCUUGUGUCUGACGACUUUAGCUCGUACCUCGAUGCCCAAGACAAGGUUGACGAGGCUUUCAUUGACAAGAAGAAGUGGGUUGUCAAGAGCAUUGAAGCUGUGGCCAAUAUGGGCUUCUUCUCGUCUGACCGUGCUAUUGAUGAGUACGCUGAGACUAUCUGGAACAUUGAGCCUGUUCCCUUGCAAUAA